CGGACCCCGCUCUAUCAGAGGGGCAGCCAAGCCCCGCCCUCGCCAUUAGCCGCGCCCCUCGUACUCAGUCGCUGUCCUGAACUCUGUGGGCGCGUCCGUCACGGGAGCGCGCCUCCCAUCGCCCGGCUCAGCCCUCAAGAUGGCCGGGAUCCCGCUCUACUUUGUGGAUCUACAGGACGAUCUCGACGACUUUGGCUUUGAGGAUUAUGGCCCAGACUGUGAGAGCAUGAGAAUUUCUGCAUUCCUGGAUAUCCCAGGGCAGGACAACCUGACUCCUCUGGCCAGGCUGGAGAAAUAUGCAUUCAGUGAUAAUAUAUUCAACAGGCAGAUUAUUGCCCGAGGGCUACUGGACGUUCUGAGAGACUUUAGCAGCAAUGAGGAAGAUUUCCUGACUGUAAUGGAAAUAGUCGUCCGUCUGUCAGAGGAUGCAGAACCCACGGUACGGACUGAGCUAAUGGAGCAGAUUCCCCAGAUCACCAUUUUCCUACAGGAGAGCCGCUCGCACUUCCCUCGAGCCUUCAGCGAAUACCUCAUGCCCAUCCUUGUGCGCUACCUCACAGACCCCAAUAAUCAGGUGAGAAAGGCCACGCAGGAAUCCUUGCUGAUAUUACUGGAGCAGGACCUGAUUGAUCAGAAUGACUUGGAGAACAAGGUGUGCCCCGUACUCCUCGAACUCUCCGCCCCCGAGAAUGACGACGAAUACAAAGUGGAAGCUGUGAACAUUAUCUGCAAAAUGAUCUCCAUGCUGGGCAGACAGACGGUGGAACAGAUGCUUCUUCCUCGGUUCUGUGAUCUUUGCAGCGACGCUAAACUGUUCCAGGUCCGGAAGGUUUGUGCGGCCAACUUUGGAGAGGUGUGCAAUGCCGUUGGCCAGGAGGCCACAGAGAAGUUCUUGAUCCCCAAGUUCCUAGAACUCUGCUCGGACAGCGCGUGGGGGAUGCGGAAAGUCUGCGCCGAAUGCUUCAUGGCCGUGUCCUACAUGACGUCCAGCGAGGUCCGGCGGACAAAGCUGUCCCCCCUCUUUAUAAACCUAAUCAGUGACCCCUGUCGAUGGGUGCGGCAAACUGCUUUUCAGUCUCUGGGUCCGUUCAUUUCCACCUUCGCUAACCCUUCCAGCGCUGGGCUGUAUGUAAAGGAGGAUGGGACCCUCAGUAUCAGACCUCCACAAGAGGCUGUGCUACCUGGGGUGACCAUAGGCACUUCUUCCAGUCCUGAAAGCCAUGGAACUGCACGGCCAAGCCAGGGGGAUCCCGGCUGUUACUCCGGCUCUGACCAACCGGAUGGCGUUUCCAUGCCAAGCGCAGCAGAGAGUGUGGUGGGGGUUCCUGCGAGUAUGGGCUUGGGGGAAGAUACCAUUCGGCAUGGGAGGAAAUCCCAUGGCAGUUCUGCCCCCGGGGAGGGCCGCGCAGCCGAUGUGUAUAAUUCCUUCCUAUACUGGCGCAGCCCAUUGCCGGAUAUCAGUGAGGAGCUGGAACUGCUGCCUGUGGAGCCCCAUAGGGAGUCGGAGCUAAAUGCCCGGCCCGGCCCCGUGUGCAGCUCCUAUAUGGCCAGCAGGGAGAUCGAGAUGGCCAUCCAGAGCCUGCAGGGACACAUGGACGAUCCCAACGUGCAAGCUCAGGUCCAGGUUCUGUCGGCCGCACUCCGGGCUGCUGAACUGGACUCCAUUGGCCAAGAAGAGGGAUUGGGGGUGCAGGAGAGGAGCCCCACAGAUAAUAAGUCUCCUUCCGAGAAUAAAACUGAAUUUCCACCUUCUGUUGUGAGCUCUCCAGAAUCAGAACCAACAGAACCAGUACCUCCUCCUCAGCAGGAAAUAGCGGAAGACCCCAGUUCCCCCAUUAAAUGUGAGGAGGAAGAGGAAGAUGAAGACAGUCAUGAGCAGGAAAAGCCCAAGCUUCAGGACGUGGUACCGCAGCCAUUACUGGACCAGUACCUGUCUAUGACUGACCCAGUCCGAGCCCAGAUGGUGGAUACAGAGAUCACCAAGCACUGCGCCUACAGCCUGCCGGGGGUGGCAUUAACCCUCGGACGGCAGAACUGGCACUGCCUGAAAGACACAUAUGAAACGCUGGCAGCUGAUGUUCAGUGGAAAGUUCGGCGGACGUUGGCCUUCUCCAUCCACGAGCUGGCAGUCAUCCUCGGGGAUCAGCUGACGGCAGCCGACCUGGUGCCCAUCUUCAACGGCUUCCUGAAGGAUCUCGACGAGGUGCGCAUCGGGGUGCUCAAGCACCUGUACGACUUCCUCAAGCUGCUCCACGCGGACAUGAGGCGCGAAUACUUGUAUCAACUCCAGGAGUUUCUCACUACCGAUAACAACAGGAACUGGAGAUUCCGCUAUGAACUGGCAGAGCAGCUGAUCCUGAUACUGGAGCUGUACAACCCCAGGGACGUGUAUGAUUACCUGCGGAGCAUUGCGAUGACUCUCUGCUCAGAUAAAGUCUCCGAGGUCAGAUGGAUCUCCUACAAGCUGAUUGUGGAGAUACUGAAGAAGUUCUUCGCCAACGGUGAAACCGAAAUGGGAAUCAAUUUCAUCAACGAGCUGGUCGUGCAGUUCCGCCACUCGUCCAAGUGGGUGGGGCGCCAGGCAUUUGCCUUCAUCUGUCAGGCGGUGGUGCAGGAGGAGUGUAUCCCAGCCGAGCAGUUUGUGAUCCACUUGCUUCCCAGCCUCCUCAGCCUGGCCUCCGACCCGGUGCCCAACGUGCGCGUUCUGCUCGCUAAAGCCCUCAAGCAAACGCUGCUGGAAAAAGCGUAUUUCACCAGCCUGGGCAAUCCGCACGUGGACGCGGUGGAGAAGACGGUGCAGGCCAUGCAGCUCGACAAGGACCAGGACGUGCGCUUCUUUUCCGCAGCUGAGCCCAAGCGACCCUUAAGCAGCACCCCCCUGGAACAGUCGGUGGAUUGAUCCGGCUCCACCCACAGACUCAAUGAUUGGCUCUUUCCUUCUCAGUGCCAGGCAGAGGCCGAGUGGCUCCUCCCCUUGCGACGCCGACCUGCCUGGCAGGGAAAGGGUUACUCCGGCAUGCAGUAUAUCACAGAUGUUUCACCCUGAGCGCUUUGAUUUCCAAGAAAGAAAGAGGGGUCCCCACCCCUAGGGGGCGCCGAGGUAUUUGGUUUUUCUUUCUCCCACAAAACAAAGGGCUCCGCCUUCCUUCCCAGCGACCCAAUCCGAUGUGUCUGUAUAUACGUGUACAAGAGAGCGCCCAGAGGAGACUGUAACUUCUGUAAUAUGUUUUUAAAUAUAUUUUAUAUAUUUUUUUAACAAAACCUGUGGUUGAGGGGGCGGGGGGUGGGGUUUGGGGGGGUGAAUAAAAAAUACUUCGGAACCACAUUGGUAGCAACAUCCAGGGGGGUCUUUUUUGUUAUGUUUUUGGACUGUAUUUGCCUAGAGAUGAACACUGCAUGGAAUCAUUCUAACCCGAUAGACCCCUGUCAUAAAGCGGGGGGGGGGUAACUGGGGGCAAAUACUGCGUGGGGGGGUGGCUUAGUGUUAUACAUUGCCAUUCAUGUCCAUAGCAGGGGCGUACGGGGUGCUGCUCACACCAGGGCUGCUUGAAUAAAGGGGUGGUUUAAUAUGUUA